CCGACCCGGACUGACCGUCGUUCCAAGUUCAAACCGACCGCGACGAAACUUUUGCGCGCGGCACCCGUUUUUGUUUCGUCGGGUUUUUGGCGCGAUCUGUCAAGCGCAACUUUUUCGAAAUUCAAUUUGUGAGUGCACUUUUGUCUCUGGCCAGCAUCGAAUGGAGUUAGUGCUGCAUUAACAAAAAGGUUGCAUGAUAAAACAACGUAAAUUACUGUCAUGUGCUUUGGCCAGAGCAUCCGGAAGAAGCCGAGUUGAUACCGGAACUUUUUCUUAAUAUGGUAAAAAGACUGGUGAUAAAGAAAUAGCAAUAAAAAAGAAAACAUCAGUCCUUCGCUCGUCGGUGUUGCUGGGUGAGUCGCUGCGGCGGGUGCGGUGGUGGCUGUCUGGCGGCGCGCGUGGCUGGUGGCGGGCGCCGGCGCGGCCGCGGCGCAGCGCAGCCCGCUCGGCUGGGCCAUGGGCGGCACCCAGCGCCUCGCCGCCGUGGCUGCCGUGUCCCACGCGCGGCACUACUACAACCACACGCAGCCGGACGUCGUGCAAACAGAGAACCCACAGUACGGCGUCAGCGUCUUCUUCGUCAGUGCAACGUUGUGCGGGGUGUUGGUGGCCGUGUGCGCCGCGUGCUGGCCGCGCUCGCGCCCGCUGGACAAGCCCGACGACACGGCACCCUGCCCCCGAGGCGUCUACACGGUCAGCGCCGACGCCCGCACCACUCUACAUGUGCACCAACAGGUGCGCGAGGAGCUGCCGGUCCCGGAGCCGCCGCCCGCCUACGACACGGUGGUGGAGGACUUCACCGACAAGGAAUGUCAUAUACUACGGGAGGUAGUGACAGAGCCCUGUGCCCUCUGCCCUCCACCGGCGCCGCGGCCAGACAGCGGCCUACCGUCUUAUGAAGCAGCCGUCAUGCUCAGGGACACCAAGUUAUAAUCGUCUACGGAAACCCUUUUUACAUUCCCCUGACGUGGCUACAAAUCAUAAUGACAUUCUAAUUGAGAUUUUGCAUACUGAUUGCUUUUUAAUAUCCACCGUUAACUUUCUAGCAUUUAAUUUCGUGAUUGAGCGGUCCAAAUGUUAUUUUUACUGUAACUAUGUAAAAUAUGAAUGCUGUCUAGAUAGCAAGUUAUAUACGUUACAGAGUUAUUUUAUGGUUCCUUUAUAACUUAAGACUUAAACAACUAUGUUGAAAAUAAAUAAGAACACCAUACAUUUAAUCUACUUUACCUAUAUAUAAAGCCCAUUCGUGGCCUAAUAUUAUUGUAACGUAGGCUAUUAUACCGGUAGUCAUAGAAAAAGCAAGUCGUUGUAAUGUUAGCAGGAUGUGUGGUUUGUCAAUCUUAUGACUAGAAUAAGUUACUUCUAGAUAUAAAAUAAUGAUUUCUUGAUUUAAAAGAAUAUUUCUAACACGACACCUAGUUUGUGACUUCACAGAAACUUUAUUAUUGUUUAUGGUUGUAUGGAAAAAUUAGGCACUACCAAUGACGAGAUACUGAUAAUCGAAAUUGGUCCAGGUUCCUCUAGCUAGGAUUUUUUUAAAUUCAAUAACUUCAGCUUGGUUAUUAAUUCAUUUAUUUGUCUUGAUUUUACCUACUUAUUACGAUGUAAAAGCAUUUUUAGUGCAAUUUAUAAUGCAUUUAUUUUUAACUUUUCUUCAUUGCACUAUUGCACACUCACACAAGUGACUAUUUUGAAGCAUUUAUGCAACUGUAGAACCUUUAAAUAUCCCUGUAAUUAAAAAAUAUUGUUUGCAUAUAAUUUUAAUAUUGUACCUACAUAGUUGUAAGAAUAUUUAAACAAUGUAAAACUAGCACCAAAUAAAUGCUGUGAUAGAUAUUAAUGUAUUGUAAGUAGUUCGCUUUUUAUCAUACUUAUGGUUAAUGUACAAAAAUGAGAUAUAUUUUUUUUCUCACUUUAAUCUACUUCGUAGAUAUUAUCAAUAUGUGUUUCAGGGCAUUAAUGCAACACAUUGCUGUUAUAUAUAUUUAUAUUUUUUGUGUAAUUCAAUUUGAUGAAUGAAUUUAAUAAAAUAUGUACUUACCUAUAUCUUAAUUGGAAUUGAUUUAGGUAAUGUAGCCUAAAAACCAUGGUUUUGUCAAUUAAUUGUUAGCAUCGCACUACUUGUAGUUAUAAGCCAUAAUAAUAAAAUACAUAGGAGCUGAUUACACCAAA